GUGUGAUCAGCUGUGUCCAAUUACAGCUGAUCACAUGUAAACACAGAAAUGCCGGUUAUCGGGAGAGGAGAGCCGAUGAUCAGUGUGGCCCCAGAAGUGCCACCUGUCCGUGCUCAUCAGUAUCAGUGCCACACCAAUGCCACAUAUCAGUGCAUACCAGUGCACAUCAAUGCCACAUAUCAGUGCCCAUCUGAGCUGCCUUUCAAUGUCACCCAUCAGUGGCAGUCAGUGCUGCCUGUCAGU